CCGAGGGGGAUGGACACAAGUCCGCCUGGGCUGCUGGAGCCGUCACUGUAACAGUCUGAGGAAUUUAUUAUUUUACAGUUUUUGUUUAAAGGAGCCUUCCACAUCAGAUAGAAAGGAGAACGAAGCUCAUCUUUCUCAGCGCUCAUGUGAAGUGGUGCCAGGUCAAAGGCAGAAGACCGCCAUUCUCCCUCCAUUUGAAGCCAAGAGCCAUUAACAGGUACAUAUGGGGCAAGGGGAGGUUUCCACGAGAGGCUCAGCCAUGGAGGGGGACUGCCUCAGCUGCAUGAAGUACCUCAUGUUCAUCUUCAACUUCUUCAUCUUUCUGGGUGGCUCCUUCCUGCUCGGGGUGGGGAUGUGGGUGCUGGUGGACCCGAUGGGCUUCAGGGAGAUUGUGGCAGCCAACCCCCUGCUCUUCACUGGAGUCUAUGUCAUCCUGGCCAUGGGAGGCAUGCUGUUCCUGCUGGGCUUCCUGGGCUGCUGCGGGGCCAUCCGCGAGAACAAGUGUCUCCUGCUCUUUUUCUUCAUGCUCAUCCUCUUCAUCUUCCUGGCUGAGCUGGCAGCAGCCAUCCUGGCUUUCCUCUUCCGGGAGCAUUUGACCAGACAGUACUUCACCAGGGAGCUGAAGCGCCACUACCAAGGCAACAACAACACUGACGUCUUCACCUCCACAUGGAACGCCAUCAUGACCACGUUUGAAUGCUGCGGCAUCAGCAGCCCUGAAGACUUUGAGGAGAGCCUCUUCAGGCUCCUCAACCCAAAUAAGAUGGUGCCUGAGGCCUGUUGCCAGAGGAACAGUUACCCCGGAGACAUGGACUACAUCAGUGUGGAGCAGUGUGUGAGCGGCAGCAUGGCCUUCCGACACAACAAGGGCUGUUACUCCGCCAUGGUGGACUACUUUGAGACCUACAUUUACAUGGCAGGAGCCCUGGCCAUCGUGGUAUUGACGAUUGAACUCUUUGCCAUGGUGUUCGCCAUGUGUUUAUUCAGAGGCAUCCAGUAACCUCCACAUGCACAACCACUGGACGCCGCCGGAAAGGCACAAGCAAAAGAGUGUCAAAGAAAAAACAAAAACCUGUAAAAUAUGACAUGUAAUUAUACAGUGAUGGUUUCUUUAUGUGUCUCAGUUGAUAUAUGAUAUCAGUUUGUACUUCACAGCGGGGCUUUUGAGGUACUGCUCUGGGCACAGCAGACACGCAGAACUACAGGAAGGAAGCUGUUACUCGGCUGAUCUAACUAAUCUAAUCUCUGCACUGUUCUCCAGAAAGUCAAGAAUUAAUGCCAGUGUUCAAAAACUGAGGAAGCUGAACACUGACUGCAGCUUUUAGUGGAUAGAGUCGGUACGUUCAUGCAGGGUUUGAUGUGAAAUAUUAUGAUAAUAGUGUUUCAGUACUGAAGUAUGUCAUGGACCACAUGUAAAUUCAUACAUCCUUCACAUUAAGAGACAGCACCAAGUGUGAAUGUGUGGGUGAGUGUGUGGGUGUGCGAGUGCCUGCAUUUGUGCAUACUAUGCACCCUCAAGGACCGUGCCAGUAUUGUACAGUCUGUGUUUUUCCUUUUGUGCAUAGUGUCAUGAUGUUCUGUGGUUAUGAAAUGGGACUUUUUAGCUAAAAUUCUUUCUGUACAUGUGUUUGAAAGCUCCAGUUUAUUUGUAAAAUGCACUGAAUGACAAUAAAAUCAUUUCUGUGAUGUGA